AGUCUCAUGGGGUCGGUAGUAACCUUUUUUCCUUAGUCACAGGUCUGCUUAGUCAUGACGGAAUCGCUUGUCUGAGUUGUCUCUGGUGAACGCUAACUAAUGAUCUUUUAUGCUAAAAAUUAAGAUUGCAGAAUGAAUGAAUGAGAUAAGGUUUGUUUCUUUGUUUUCAUUAACAGUAAGAUAUGUAGUCAGAUAUUGUUGACAAAAUAAAAAUGAACUAAAGAACUCAUUUAAAACCCUUGUAACAAACAACUCUCAUGAUACAAUAAGAAAAAGGUCAUAAAUCUGAUCACUGAAAGCAAAAUGAGAUACAAAAUAUUGACUUGUUGAUACAUAAUAUGAUAAAGAAUCUUAUGAACAAGUCUUCUUCAACUGGACUGAGUAUAUAUUUCACCAAACAUAACUCGGUUUGCUUAUCUAAUAAACAAUACCGAAUAGUGUGAACUUAGCUUUUAUCUAAAUUUAUUAGCUUUCUGAAUUUCCUUGAACUUUGGAUUAAAGCUAACCUUUACAGAAAGUAAAAGUUGAUUUUGGAUAUUGACAGAGCAUAAUAAUAGUGUGUAUGAUUCUCGUUGUUGCCAUUAAUAAUUCGGAUAACAAAAAGGCUUGAUAUGUAGAGAACGUUGAUGUUGAUUCUGGGUAUGAACAAAACAUAAAUACUGCUAUUAUAGUGUGUGUGACCACCACCUUUCACAUCUUGUAAUAGUUUUUGAGUAGAAAAAGCAUAUUUUUAUAACCAAAUAGUAACUUUACGAAACAUCGCAACACUUUCUUUGCACUUUUUCUCAGUAGCAACGCGUAGGCAAGAACAAGCGCAAGUUUCACAUGGAUGCUUAUAAAACACACACUAAAAGGAAUCAACCAUUACACAAACUUCAAACACAACUAUAAUCAAUCAUGUCUCUGCCUGUAGAGAUGUUCUUGAUGUUCUUGUUCUUCCUCUUCUUCUUCUCUAUGGAUACAGUUUCUCAAGGCUCAGACCCAACAGGUGGACAGUUUAGCUUCAACGGCUACUUAUUCACCGACGGAGUUGCUGAUCUAAACCCUGACGGAUUAUUCAAACUCAUCACUUCAAAGACGCAAGGAGGAGCUGGUCAAGUUCUCUACCAGUUCCCACAAAAGUUCAAGAAUUCACAAAACCACACCGUUUCAUCUUUUUCCACCACUUUUGUCUUCGCCAUCAUGGCAACCCGCAAAACAGCCGCCGGUUGUGGACUCUCCUUCAACAUCUCGUCAACAAAAGGCUUGAACUCUUCCGCAAGCAACCGCUCUGUUUCAGUUGGGUUCCAUACCGCCAAAACCGACGGUAAAGAUGUUAACGAGGUUGCUAUCAAUGUCAGCGGUUUAGAUACAUAUAGAAACAACUCUGCUGGUUAUUAUAAAGAUGAUGGUAGUGGUUUUGUGGAUAUAGAGAUUGCAAGUGGGGCGCUAAUACAAGUAUGGGUUGAGUAUAACAACUCAGCUAAACAGCUUGAUGUUACAAUGCACUCUAUCUAUACAUGUAAGCCCAAGACUCCUCUGCUUUCGUUGCGGAAAGAUCUUUAUCCUUAUCUACUUGAGUACAUGUAUGUUGGCUUCACUUCAGUAGGCAGUCCAACUUCUUCUCACUACAUUCUUGGAUGGAACUUCAACAGCACAGGGCCAGUUUUACCUAUAGCUCACUCUCGUCUCCCCAAACUUCCUGAUGAAAAAGAUCGGUCGUUGAGCCGCAAGAUCUUGGCUAUUAGUCUGAGUAUUUCAGGGCUUACACUCAUUAUUGUAUUGGUUUUUGGAGUUGUCUUCUACUUGAAGAGGAAGAAGUUCUUGGAAGUUAUUGAAGACUGGGAAGUGCAGUUUGGUCCUCAUAGAUUCACUUAUAAAGAUCUCUUCAUCGCCACCAAAGGUUUCAAGAACAGUGAGCUUCUUGGAAGAGGAGGUUUUGGAAAAGUCUUCAAAGGGAUCUUACCAUUGUCUAGCAUACCGAUCGCGGUGAAGAAGAUUUCUCAUGAUUCAAAACAAGGAAUGAGAGAGUUUUUGGCUGAGAUUGCUACCAUUGGAAGACUCAGACAUCCAGAUUUAGUUCGUCUUCUUGGCUACUGCAGACGCAAAGGAGAGCUUUACUUGGUCUAUGACUUCAUGCCUAAAGGGAGCCUUGAUAGGUUUCUUUACCAACAACCAGAUCAAGUUCUUGAUUGGUCACAGAGAUUUAAGAUCAUCAAAGAUGUUGCCUCGGGGCUUUGCUAUUUGCAUCAGCAGUGGGUGCAAGUGAUUAUCCACAGAGAUAUUAAGCCAGCAAACAUUCUUCUUGAUGAAAAUAUGAACGCGAAGCUCGGUGAUUUUGGACUUGCAAAGCUAUGUGACCAUGGGAUUGAUUCUCAAUCCUCCAAUGUCGCAGGUACAUUUGGAUAUAUAUCACCAGAGCUUUCAAGAACAGGAAAAUCAAGCACAAGCUCUGAUGUUUUCGCAUUCGGAGUGUUCAUGCUGGAGAUAACUUGCGGAAGAAAACCCAUAGAGCCACGAGGAUCACCGAGCGAGAUUGUUUUGACUGAUUGGGUACUAGACCGUUGGGAUAGUGGAGAUAUACUGCAGGUGGUAGAUGAAAAGCUAGGGCACAAGUAUCUUGAGGAACAAGUAACUUUAGUUUUGAAACUAGGAUUGCUUUGUUCGCAUCCAGUGGCAGCAACUAGACCAAGCAUGUCAAGCGUAAUGCAAUUCUUAGACGGUGUAGCCACACUUCCUCAUAACUUGCUUGAACUUGUGAAUGCUCGAAAAAUAGAUGGAGGAUUUGAUGCUUUGGGCGAAGCAAAAGAGUCUCCAGGGGCCAGUAGUAACACUUUUUCUUCGGUCAUGAUGGAAUCGUUCGUCUCUGGUGGACGCUAACUUAUAAUGAUCUUAUUUUUAUGUUGCAUACUUGCAUAGUACGAGAUUGUAGAAUGAGAAUGAAAUAAUGUUGUUUC